UAAAUAAUGUCAAAUGCAGUACACAAGUUUUGUAAGCAGGUACGCAAGCUAGCAAUCUAGUCAGUGUGUUACAAACAAAAUAAAAAUGGCAGAUGCUGCCGUUGAAACCGCGCCAGGAGAUGAGAACGAUGAUAGUUGGUUGUAUGGUGACUCGAAUCCUGAUCAGGCAGCCGAUAAAGAAUCUGAAGACGUAGGUAAAGAUCAGCAACAAACCGAUGUCGCUGAUGGUGAGGCAGAGAAUGAAGAAAAAGAGCAAGAAGAGAAUGAAGGUGCGAAUGAUGACUCUCACUUCAAUGACGAGCACUUCGCCGAGGUCGGGCGGGAAGGUGACGACCAGAACGGCGACGCCGACAGCCAGAACAACGGGGACUCCGACUCCGAUGACAGUGACGACAUCAAAGUCACCAUUGGAGAGAUCAAGUCUGGACCCCAGGCUUAUGCUAGUCUUAAUAUUAAACGUGGUGUAGGUUUAGUGGCUAGUGGUGGUGGAGAGAAGCCACGCAGUGGAACUACAACUGGUGGCAAAGUGACACUGGAGGACUUGGAUGGACCAGGCAGCAUUAAUGGAGUGCCUGCAUUAGAAUUCAACAUAGAUACUAUUGAAGAUAAGCCAUGGAACAAGCCUGGUGCUGACAUAUCUGAUUAUUUCAACUAUGGUUUUAAUGAGGUGACCUGGAGCGCGUACUGCGAACGACAGCGCCGCAUGCGAGUGAACGAGGCUGGUGUCGGCCUGCACGUGGGCGCGCCGCCGCGCCUGCCGCCGCCUGACUUGCGCAGACCGCCAGGACCAGGAAGAAAUGAUGAAAUGAUGCCACCAGCAAUGUCAAACAACUAUCAAGCUAGAGAAAACACUAUACAAGUGAUGACAGCAGAACGAAGAGAAUACGGGCGUAGUGGUCACCAGCGUGAAAUGGGCGCACCAGACUACUUCGGUCCUCCUUCUAAUGACCACUACUACCAACCGCCACCGCAUGCGCCUUACGAGGAACCUUGGGGUCAUCCAGAACAGAGCGGUUGGGCGCCAAGUGAAAUAAAGGAGCUGACGCCUGGGCCGAUGGGGGCGGGCGCAGGGCUGGCGGCCCCGCACGGGCCGCACGGCGCGGCGCUGGGCCCGCACGGGCCGCACCCGCACGGGCCGCACGGGCCGCUGGGCGCGCACGGGCCGCCGCACCUGGCCGCGCCGCACGGCCCGCCGCACCUCAUGGCCGCGCCGCCCUUCGUGUCGCCCUACCGCCAGCACCCGCCGCCGCAUCUGCACGACCGCGAGCGCGAGCGCGACCGUGACCGCGACAGGGACCGCAUGCGGGAGCGCGACGACCGCGACCGGAGGGACCGCGAUAGAAGAGAUGAAGAGGAGAGGGAAAGAGACAGAGAAAGAGAUCGAUCCCGAUCAAUUAAACCCGACAGGAUCAGAGAAAAGUCGUACAGGCGGGAGCGAUCGAGAUCAAGAUCACGUCGGCACAAGUCGCGUUCCCGGUCGCCACGACAGCGCGAGCGGUCGCGCGACCGGGAGCGCUCUCGCGACCGGGAUAGGGACCGCUCCAGAGACCGCGAGCGAUCCCGAGACAGGGAACGCAGCGUUAAGCCCAAAACCAAGGAUAAGGAAAAAGAUGAAGAAAAAUAGUUAAAAACAAAUGGAUCCAGCUCGUAGCUUCAGACAACACUUACAAAUAUGGGUGACAUGAUCUUAAAUAAAUAAUAGGCAUAUAACA